AUGGAAAUACCAACUUUACCACGUGAAGAGGUUAUUGCAUUAAUUAUCAGUCAAUUAUGUGAAUAUGGCUAUACACAAUUAGCAGAAAUUAUAGCAGAACAAACAGAUAAUCAAACUAGCUUAACACCUAGUUCCAAAUUGUCAGAAUUACUUUACAUUGCAAAAGAGCAGGCACCAAGACCUGCACCUAAUUAUUCAACUUGGUACAUGACUACUCAUAGAGCUGCUUCUAUAUGUGCUAUCUUUAGCGGAAAAUAUGCAGCAACUGGGUCUGCUGAUGCUUCACUUAAAGUUUUGGACACAAGCAAAAUGAAUAGCCGUUCUGAUGAGGACAGACCUGUCAUACGAACAUUAUAUGAUCAUCUUGCUCCUGUUAAUGAUUUAUCUUUUCAUCCAAAUGGAUUGGUACUUGCUUCUUGUUCUGAUGACAAAAGUAUAAAGUUGUUUGAUUUGUCUAAACAAGGAAUCAGAUUUUCUUCAAAUGGGUCUCAAUUUGUCACAUCAUCACUUGAUGGAAGUAUAAAAAUAUGGGACACAAUUAAUGGAGGUUGUAUAAAAACCAUUGAAAAUGCUCAUGAUGGUGCACCUGUGUCAAGUGUAAAAUUCUCUAAAACUGGGAAAUACAUACUUUCUGGUGGAAAAGAUUCGACUGCUAGAUUAUGGGAAGCUGAUAGUGGAAAAUUGAUUUUGAAAUAUGAAGGUGUUGUUCACAAGAAUCAGUCCUUACAGACAACAUUUACUUAUAAUGAAGAUUAUGUUCUUAGUAGUGAUGAAUUAAACAAUACAAUCAUUUGUUGGGAUUCACGUACAGGUCUUUUACUUAAAAAAUGGGGAGGACAUACAAAUAUUAUACGAUGUAUUGCAGCUUCACCAACUGAACCUGGAUUUAUUAGUUGCAGUGAUGAUUUUCGUGUCAGGUAA